CGUGGUAUGACGCCUGUAUCCGGUUUGUGGGCUGCAACUGGUGCCCUCGCAAACGGCGAACCAUUCUCGUUGGCGCGUUUGAUCUAUACAUAUGGCCACGAAUCCUUUAACCAGUUAAGUUUGGCAUUGACGCAUACGUUCAAUUAUUACAAAUCGAAGGCUACCGGCAAGAAGAGCGAACUUUGA